AUGCAUUCCUCUUCUUCUUCUUCUUCUUCUUCUUCUUCUUCUUCUUCUUCUUCUUCUUCUUCUUCUUCUUCACAAUUUCUGCUCCUUGUUUUGUUUCCUUAUCUCUCCCAAGCAGCGAUAGUGCUGGCAAAUUCUCAGAUGACCUCUGCUCUCGGUCUUCAAGUGCAGUUAUCUAUAGCUAAGACUGUCCAUGUUACUUUCACAGAUGUGAAGUGUGGAGAUUACCACGACCCGGAAAACCAUGAUUUGUGCUUUCAUGGUGAGGCUGUGAGUGCUGAAGACAAAGUGCCAAAGCGUUCCGUACGCAAUAUGAAGCAGCAUUGUUCCUAUUUAAAAAGCAGAUCAAACAAUAGAUUAAUCAAUAUCUAUCUAUCUAUCUAUCUAUCUAUCUAUCUAUCUAUUUAUCUAUCUAUCUCUAACUUUUUUGGUUACCUUCUAUCUAUCUAUCUAUCUAUCUAUCUAUCUAUCUAUCUAUCUAUCUAUCACUUACGGUUCGUUAUCUAUCUAUCUAUCUAUCUAUCUAUCUAUCUAUCUAUCUAUCUAUCUAUCUAUCUAUCUCCACACUUCUUUAAUUCACAAUCACUAUUCUUAACGCAUUAA